AUGGCGGACAAGAAGGAGGAUCUCGUCAACAGCACCGGCGACGAUGAGCACGAGAGCUCGUCGGCGCCCUCCGAACAGACUUCCAAGCAACGCAGGGCAGAGUUCAUUCGCCAAGCCUCGCUCCCCUUCGUCAAGCGCAAUCGAUCGAGCUACAGGCGCAAGCCGUCAUCCGAAAACCAAGAGUCGAGGCAGUCUUCGACGCAGGACGACCAGCCUGAGAAGACCAUCCACGAGAUUGACGAAGCUGGAGGUGACGAUGAUCCCGAUGCCCAGGCAGACGACGAAGGUCCCUUGUUACACACACGAUGGCUUCGCACCCUCGACUCGGGAAAGGGAUGGACGUCCUUCUCCGUAAGGGACAGUCGCAAUCUCGAAUCCGCUUGGAAGAGGUGGACGCAAGAGAAUGGCGGCAACGUCGAGCUCCCUAGCCUGCCCGAGACCGACGGCAAGGUGCAAGCAGGUGAAGUCAAGGACUCGCUAGACGAAUGGCAAGCCACCGAUCCCGAUGCAGACGACGUAUCCAACAAGGUAGCGGUAGGCACCGAUCGACUCUACGAUGCCGAUCUAGCCAAGUUCAGCAUCAGCCCAGUCCUUUGGAAGGGACCGGCGCUCCGCAUCACACGCGCCAAUUGGUUUUUCGAGUCCAACAAGCUAUCACCUUGCUCGACUGCACUUGCCGCCGAGCUCGAGUCCCACUUCCAGACUCUUCGUCCGUGGCUGCCUUCUUACACCGACGAGCUCAAAUCUUCUGUAUCGUUGGGUGCCGAGGCAGAGGCAAAGCUCAAAUGCAGCCUCAAGACGCUCAAGGACAGCUACGUCAUAUUUCAGGGCCCAAGGCUGGCUCGUCUCUAUCAAGAGGGGUUCUCCAAUCGCCUCUCCAAGCAGUUCUUCACCGCCUGGAGCGGCGAACACAGCGGAGGACAGCUACUGAUUCGCGGAUAUCAGACGCAAGCUCAGCUGACAGACAUCAAGCAAGGGUCCAACGUCUCGAAAUCGACAGCACGUCGUGUUCGAUCCAAAAGGAGCUCGUUCGCGUCAGAGAAGCAGGCCAUGGAGAAGCAGGCCACGGUAGCCCGAGCAUCUGGCGAGGGUACGUCAGCACUGAAGAGAGAGCUGGCAGAUGCGUUGCAAGAAGACGACGGCGCCGGACCGGUGGUCGUCGAUGAUGCCGAGACCACCGACGUCCACAUCUCCGCCGAUGGAUCCAGUAAAGAUAACGCUCACGAAGGGCUCCGCGGUCUCGCUACAAGCGCUUCCCAGCCCUCACUGAACGUCGACAAAACCCACAUUGAGGCCUCACCGUCCAAAUUCGGAGCCAAAACCACUCUCCGCAAUCUAUCCGUGAUGGCCGCCGGUGGCGUGACGUCGACAUCGGCGCCGGCCAACGAAUUGCUGCGGUCUGUCGCUUCCCGACUCGGUGUCUGGAACGACGGAGGCGCUGCUUCCUCUUCGUCGUCGCACAAGGAACCCGACUCUGACGUGCAGCGGGAAGCGGGCGCUCUGACACCUUCGCAGCAAGACGAUAUCGGCGAGUCGUUCAAAGAGGCGCAGCGCAGGCUACAAGAAGAUCUUCCAGCACCGUCUCACGAGCUGGAAGAAAGGGAGUCGGACGACAAGCCAGGCGCGCAAGACGCCCAAGGCACAGCCGUCGACUGGGACGAUCCGGAUGCCUUUGACGACGAGCAGGAGCGGACUGAGGCUGAAGCAGAAAGCGAAAGACCGCCGGAACUGUUGCUUGCCAUACACGGAAUCGGACAGAGGCUGGCUGGUGAGUGGAAGAGUUUCGACUUUACCCUAGCCAUCAACACGUUCCGCGCUCUUUUGCAAACCCGCAUAGACACUUCCAAGACGCCAAGCGAGAUCGGCGGACGCGGGCUCAGCGGGUUGGCCGAUAAGCGCCGCGUCCAGAUCCUACCUGUCCUCUGGCAGACUGGCUUCCACCAAAGGGAGGACGAUGAGCGGUGGGCCGACCAUGACUCGGAUGCCGAGGAUCCGGAUUCGAUGAUGUACGACAACGGUCUCGAGCUCGAGAUGGAGCACAUUUUCGGAGACGAUGGCAUUCCCAUCGUGCGCACGCUGGUCAAAGACGUGCUCAUGGACAUUCCCAUGUACCUUUCACAGCACAAGGCGCACGUCAUCCGAUCGGCGAUGCAGCAGGCCAACCGACAGUAUCGUCUUUUUGUCAGGCGUAAUCCCGAGUUUGAGGCCAACCAGGGGAGGGUGCACGUGGUGUCCCAUAGUCUAGGCACCGUCAUUUCGUCGGAUCUGCUGUCUCAGCAGCCAGAUCGCGUGCCCCUCAUCAAGGAUCUGAGCCGCCAAGAGGUGCAAGAGGCGGAAGCCAAACGCCUUUUGUUCAACACGCACAGCUUCUUUGCGGUUGGAGCCCCUGUCGCCCUCUUCUUUGUGCUGCACCGCGCUCAGCUGAUCGCACGAAGCGGUUUGGUGCGCUCCUCUCGCUUUGUUCGAGACGAGCCCGGCGUGACGCUCGACGCCGAAGGCAGGUUUGGCUGCCUCGCCGUCACGAGCUUCUACAACAUCUGGAAUCAGUACGACCCGGUGGCGACGCGCGCAAGCCCUUGUGUUGACGUGCAGUACGCGAAGAUGGUCAAGCCGGUUCCACUCAACAAGGCUAUCCGCAGCAUUUUGCGCGCCGAUCCCGAGGCCGACAAUCACGAUAUCGCCGAAGACGGCGGCUCGCAAUCGUUCGGCUCCGGCAAUGCUUUCGACUCGAAUUCUGGCACUGCCAAGCGGAGGGCGGCCAAGCGGACCAAGGGCUUCUUUGGGUCGUGGAGUCGCAGAGCGGGAGCAGCGGCUGCUGUGCGCAAGCCUCAAGCGGCUGAUAAGGGCGACGGUGAGCAGACGGGUGACGAGAGCGCUUGCCGCUCAAGCAUGGAGGUGUCAGAAGCAGACGAAGCCAAAGAUGCGCGCCCGGACGUGCAAGGUCUGCGGUCCAAGCUCGCCGAGAAAGCGCGCGAAGAAGAGAAGCGCAAGGAGGAGCGCGAGCGUAUGGCUGACGAAGAGAGGAAGAAGGGGAUGAGCGACAAGCGCAAGGCACGGGCCGAGGCACGACUGCGUGCUCUCAAUCCUCUGCAUCGAAUCGACUUUUGCAUGCCCGUGGAAGGCUACAGCCUGCUCAGCACCAUCAAUCAGUACACUGAGCUCAUGACGGCUCACAUGAGCUACUGGGCCAAGGUGGAUUUCGCCGACUUUCUCAUCACUCAGCUCAUGGCGGAUAACGACCGAUUGGAGAGGAGCUUGGAUUAUCGCGACGCCGAGGGCUGGGAGUGA